CUCAGUUUGCAAAGCGCUCAAUGGUCGCUUGUCAACAAAACAGUGUCGGUUGAGCCGUGAAUAGAAACCACCGUGUACUACACGUCGGAGUUAGUGCGUGUGACCUCAUCAUAAGAGAAUACAAAUUUAUAUACGAUGUCGGCUGAACAAGCGCAGGAAGCGGUGGAGCAGGUAGCUCAGGAGGUGAAGGACAUCAAACUAGAAAAUGGGUCAGCACCAGGGGCGGCCAACGGAACGGCUGCGAAGAAUGAUGACAGUGCUAUUCCUUUUAAGGAUGCCUUCAAAAUGUUUUCAAAAUUCGGCGAUCCAAAAUCUGAUGGAAAGCAAAUUACAUUAUCUCAAAGUGAUAAAUGGAUGAAACAAGCAAAAGUAAUUGAUGGAAAAAAAAUCACAACAACGGACACAGCGAUUCACUUCAAAAAAUUAAAAUCUGUUAAACUAGGAGUCGACGAUUACCAGAAGUUCCUCGAUGAUCUCGCAAAAAGCAAGAAAGUAGAACUCGAAGACAUAAAGAAGAAACUAACUACAUGUGGGCAGCCCGGCAUAUCUACCCAUCUACCAAAGUCGCCAGCCGCCGCCGCCGCUGUGGACCGCCUCACCGACACGUCCAAGUACACCGGUUCGCACAAGCAGCGCUUCGACCAAACAGGCAAAGGCAAAGGCAUCGCCGGCCGGAAGGAUCUCGUCGACGGCUCGGGCUACGUCACCGGAUACCAACAUAAAGAUACAUACGACAAAGCCCACUAAGUUUAAAACUCUCUUAUUACGUAUUUUUUCAUAAAUAUAGCGUACCUUUCGAUAUUCUGAAUGUAUUAUUUUAAUGCACUUUAGGAACGACGAACGCAGCUAUUGUGCAGUGCGUUAAUGUUAAGCGUGACUUUAAAUGUAGAAGUAAAUUUCGAUAUAUUGACUAGUAGGUAUUUGUUUUUGUUUUAAUUUAUUUAGUUGAAGAUGUAACAUUCCCAUUUAUAAUAAUUGUAAGAUUCUGCUUCUAUGGUAUACCAAUAUAUGACUUUUGUCUUUGUAUUUCUAGUCGUGAUAAUUAGAUUUUUAUAAACAAUUUUAUUGAAUUUCAUGGAAUGUAACAUUAUAUUCAAAUUUUAAUAUAUUGUAUAUUUUUUUAUGGAAUGACGAACCAAGUAUUGUCGGCAAAAAGUACAAUUUUACAUUUUAGCACCUCCUCGUACAAAUAAAAAGAAACUUAUUUCAAAUUGAUUUACUUUUAUUGGUCAACUAUAUUAAUACACAUUUUUGUAUAAAUAAGUGGAAAUCAGAUUUUGUAAUAUGUACGAAAUAUACCUAAAAAUGUUGUUUUUAAUUUUACAGUAAACAUUGUAACUAUUAUAUCUACCUUUAAAUAGAAUAAUUAAACACUUUAAUUUUUAAAA